AUGUCGAGCAUCCCAGUAAAGGAGAACGGCGGAGUGCCAUUUCCCUAUCCGAUGCUAAGUCCUCACAAUUAUACUGUGUGGGCAAUAAAGACAGAGGCGAUCCUUGAUGCCCAGGGAGUCUGGGAGGCGGUGGAGCCAGCGGAAGGAGCCCAGGUGGAUGCAAAGAAGGACAAAAAGGCACGUGCAUACAUCCUGCAGUGUGUCCCCGAAGACAUCCUUCUUCAGAUCGCAACAAAGAAGACGGCGAAGGAAGUCUGGGACAGCCUCAAGACGAGAUACCUUGGUAGUGAUCGGGUGAAGAAGGCACGUGUACAAACAUUGAAGAGCGAGUUCGACGCUCUCCGGAUGAAAGAGACCGAAACGAUUGAUGAGUUUGCUGGCAAACUCAGCGCCCUAAGCAGCAAAUUCUCCACCCUUGGUGACACGCUUGAAGAUUCCUCGUUGGUAAAAAAAUUGCUCAAUUCUGUCCCUGAUAAAUUCUUUCCUAUUGUUGCCGGUAUUGAGCAAUUCUACGACCUUGAGUCUAUACCAUUUGAGGAGGCUAUAGGGCGACUGAAGGCGUACGAAGAACGAACGCUACGACUAUGCAGCAACACCAACGGCACUGAAGGUGAGCUCCUAUUAACUCAUGCCGAAUGGCAAAUGCGACAGAAGGGGAGCAACGUGGACACUUCGUCAGGAGGAAAGGGGCGUGGAUCCAGCAGCCCUAGUCGUGGCAAAUGGCGCAGUCGUGGCCGUGGUACGCCGAGCCAAGAUAGUGCAGGAGGCACUAGCGGCAACAACAGUGGCACUCGUGGCAAGAGACACAUAAAAUGCUUCAAUUGUGAGAAAAUGGGGCAUUAUGCGUCUGAAUGCUACAGCAAGCGUCGUGGAGAUGAGGCUCACCUCACUUGCGCCACGGAUGAAGAGCCAGCACUAAUGAUGUCCAUGUUCCACGAAGAAUCUCAGCGGCAGGAUACCAUUCUGCUCAGUGAAGAGAGGUUGCUACCGGAGGUGUACCGGGGCGUCAAGAAAGGUGAAGACAAAGACGUUUGGUACCUUGACAAUGGUGCCAGCAACCACAUGACUGGCCAUCAAGCUGAGAAUGAAGUGCAUAUGAAAGGAGAUAACAUGAAGGUGAUUGAUAGGAACGGGAAGCUCUUGAUGCUGAUAAAGAGAACACAAAAUCGCUUGUACAAGAUAACCUUGAAGAUAUUCAAGCAAGCGUGUCUCCUAGCAAGACAAGAAGACCCAACCUGGCUAGGACACAUGCAAAGCCGCGAACCGGUAGUGCGCGGGGCACUGUCCAUGUGCAAGUCUGCAAGAGGCAGACUUGGCAUACAUCCAAGUCGGGCAUGCGCACAAGGCAUGCUAAGCAGAGCGGCAGUGCAGGGCUGCCCAAGCCCAAGUCUUACAGGAGGAAGACUUGGCAAACCAACAAGUGUGGCAUGGGCGCAAGCUAUACCAAGCAGAGGAUUGGCAAUGCGCUGGGCACGUUCCAAGCCCAAGUUUGCAGGAGGCAGACUUGGCAGCAAAGCGGGUGUGGCAGACGGACUUGCCCGUGUCACAAAGAGAACGAACAUACGAGACUUGUUCGUGGUGCCGAAGAGAUCGAGCCAUGGGCCGAGCACUUGGUGUGCAAGCAGACUUUGGCGCAGAGCCAAAGAAACAGAGCCAUGGAUAACGCAGACAGAUGGACUUGUUCGUGGUACGGACAAAUGGACUGCCCGUGGUGCCAAAGAUGGACAUAUUGUGGUUGAGUUCGUUAAUACCGGAGAACAGCGAACCGAUGUAAUAACUAAAGCAUUGUCAGAAGUGAAGCCGCCAUGCGACAACUACUCGGCGUCCGUGACUUAG